AUGGCUUCCGUGCAAGUUGUCAACGUUUCCCUCCCCUCCCUGCCUUCUGGCUGGAGCGCGGACAAGGACUUCAAGGCUGUCGGUGCCCUUUCUGGUGCUACCCAGCGUAACGUGGAGCCCGUUGGCCCGCACUUCCUCGCUCACGCCCGUCGUAAGCGUCACCACCGUACUUUCUCUGAGGAUGAGCGCCUUCAGGCUCAGCAGAAUGUCAAGAAGACUGAGGAGGAAGAGGAUGAUGAUAUCUCCGAGGAUGAGGAUCCUAUGAUGCUCAACCGUGAGGCUAAGGACUGGAAGUCCCAGGACCACUACGCCGUUCUCGGCCUUACCCGCUACCGUUGGCGCGCAACCCCCGAGCAGAUCAAGCGUGCUCACCGCAAGAAGGUUCUGCGUCACCACCCCGACAAGAAGGCUGCCUCCGGCCAGCGCGACGAGAACGACAGCUUCUUCAAGUGUAUCCAGAUCGCCACCGAGCUUCUGCUCGACCCCGCUCGCCGUCGUCAAUUCGACUCCGUCGACGAGGCCGCCGAGGUUGACGCUCCUUCCAAGAAGGAGGCUUCCGGCAGCAAAUUUUACAAGGCUUGGGGCGCCACCUUCGAUGCUGAGGGUCGUUUCUCCCUCAAGCAGCCCGUUCCCCAGUUCGGUAACGACGACAGCACCCAGGAGCACGUCGAGAACUUCUACAACUUCUGGUACAACUUCGACAGCUGGCGUACAUUCGAGUACCUUGAUGAGGAUGUUCCCGAUGACGGAGAGAGCCGUGACCAGAAGCGUCACACCGAAAAGAAGAACGCCAACGCUCGCCGAAAGCGCAAGAACGAGGAUGUUGCCCGUCUCCGUACUCUUGUCGACGAGGUCCUUGCUCAGGAUGAGCGUAUCAAGAAGUUCCGUCAGCAAGCUCGUGCCGGAAAGGAUGCUAAGCGUAAGGCUAAGGAGGACGAGAUUGUCCGUUUGAGGGAGGAGAAGGAGCGCAAGAAGGCCGAGGAGGAGGAGGCUAAGAAGAACGCUGAGGAGACUGCUAAGGCUGAGCGUGAGAAGAACAAGAAGACUAAGGAGGCCGCUAAGAACGCUGCUAAGAAGAACAAGCGUGUUCUUAAGGGUUCCGUUAAGGAUGUCAACUACUUCGCUGAUGGCGAGGCUUCCGCUAAGCAGGUUGACUCCGUUCUCACCGAUGUUGAUCUCAUUAUGGGCAAGAUUGAUGUUGAUGAGCUCGCUGCUCUUGCUGAGAAGCUUACCAUUGCUGGUAAGGAUGGUGGUGCCGUUAAGGCUGCUUACACUGCUGAGGCUAAGCGCCUGGUUGAUGCUGGCAAGCUGAAGGACGGUGAGGUCAAGAUUUUCGCUUAA